CCUAGGUCACUCCCUCAGGCCUCAGCAUUGCUAACAUGAUCCCCGACUCCGUUCUUACUGUAGGGUACAACCUUUUGGACAAGGGGCUGGUCCCUGACUUCAUUCUUCGCACUGCUAUCCGCGCACUGUGUCGCCAGCGGCUACAGGAAAUCAACCAUGGCUCUUUUGAAACUAACCAUGCCGCCAAGAUGCAAUGGGUAGAGAACUCGCGCGCAAGAGAGACCAUCGCGGAAUUGACCGAAAAGGCCAACGAGCAGCACUAUGAGGUUUCAACAGACUUCAUCUUAUCUUGCUUAGGCCCGUUCGCAAAGUACUCGUCCUGCCUAUACCCUACCGGCAAAGAAACUUUGGAGGAGGCUGAGGUGCUCAUGAUGGAGAUGUACUGCGAGAAGGCGAAGCUCAGAAAUGGCCAAUACAUCCUUGAUCUCGGAUGCGGAUGGGGCAGUCUAUCGCUUUAUUUAGCGCAGAAAUACCCCAGAUCCCAAAUUAUGGGCCUUUCCAACUCUUCGACCCAGAAACUAUACAUAGAUGCGCAGGCCAAGAAGCGCGGGCUGAAUAAUGUCAAGACUAUCACUGCGGAUGUGAACACAAUUGAUUUCGUUGACUGUGACCAAUUCGACCGCAUACUCUCGAUCGAGAUGUUUGAGCACAUGAAGAACUACGACAAGUUGCUGCGCAAGGUUUCUACUUGGCUCAAACCCUCGCAGCAUACCGGUGAAGGCGAUGAUUCCAAUCCGUCGCUCCUCUUUGUGCAUAUAUUCUGCCACAAGACCAUGCCAUAUGAUUUCGUGGAAGACGAUGGAUGGAUGGCCCAGACGUUUUUUUCUGGUGGAACAAUGCCCUCGCAUGACCUGUUCCUCUAUUAUCAGAGCCAUCUCACCCUCCUCUCGUCGUCGUACAUAUCGGGCAUACAUUACUCGCGCACGCUCGAGCAUUGGUUGCAGCGUCAGGAUGCCAAUGCAAAGCAUGGCCUGAAAGAACUCGAGAUGGAUGCUGAAAAGAAGGGCAAAAAGGGUGAGGGAGCCAAGGCAUUCUAUCGGUUCAGAGUAUUCUAUAUGGCAUGCUCGGAAUUGUUCGCUUACAACGAUGGCCAGGAAUGGGGCAUCGGGCACUACGUCUUCAAGCGGAAAGACUGAACUACGGACCGGGAUGAAGUUUUUGGUGAAGUUUUCUGUGCUGUCGGUGGUUUCAAGAUGGAAGGUGAGAUGGCUGAGCGAGCGAGCGAGCACAAGGGGUAUGAGUGAGAACCAGUGAGAAUUACAAUCGAAGUGAUGCUCCUUGGUUCCCUAAACAGUAAAGUCUCGAGCAAAGUUCAAGUAAUCUACAACAAGGAUAACGUACGUAUGUGUCUCUCAGACGGUAUGACAGACAAAAUCAGACUAGGUGAAGAGC